AUGUCUUCUCCACCAGCCUCCUUGAUACAUCUCCGCACUCCACCGGAACCAGGCAAGAAAUCGGCCUCGCGGACCUACAUUAUCUACUUUGUUACUGGUAAUCCAGGACUCGUCGAGUAUUACCGUACUUUCUUGACCCAUCUUUAUGGCCUGUUGAGCCAUAAUACAGCAUCCGACCGCGAUGUUGAAUUCCAGGUGUACGGAAGGAGCUUGUCAGGCUUUGAAAUGAACUCCAAGGAGAUCAAGACGAUGAAAUGGCGUAAACAGCCGCCAUACGGACUACAAGAUCAAAUCCGACAUGCCGAGGACGAGUUGACAGACUUGGUGGAAGAAGUCAAAGACCAGGGUGCAAAGGAUGUUAGAGUGAUCCUGGUGGGGCACUCGGUCGGCGCAUACAUCUCACUAGAAAUCAUUCGCAGGCUGAGGGCACAUGGCCUUGCAGGUGACGAUUUCGAGACCAGAGUUGUUGGUGCCAUAGGACUGUUCCCUACAGUUGUGGAUAUUGCUCGGAGCGAGAGUGGGAUGAGGGCUGCUCCUUUUCUCAAAAACUCCAAUUUUUCGGUGUUCGCUGCGCUUUUUGUAUAUUUUUUAACAUAUGUACUUCCUGUAUCUCUCAUAGCUACACUCGUGGCAAAGUUCAUGGACUUUCCUCCAGAUGCUGCUCAUACAACUGCGGCAUUCAUCAAGUCCCCACACGGCGUCCAACAAGCGCUACACAUGGCGCGCGAUGAAAUGUUCCAAAUCGACACCGACAUCUGGGAUGAAGAAAUCUGGGGAGCCUCCGCCUCCGAGCCACCAACCAAGCAUCCGCACCCCCGACCUAUUUUGCGCUUCUUGUUUGCACGCACUGAUCAUUGGGUUGCGGAUGCCACACGAGAUGCGUUGAUUAACAACCGCGGUAGAUAUGGCAGAGGUGAUGUAGAGGAAGUGGAUGGUAUGGGAGAGAACUGGAAGCCAAUCAUGGAAAUUGACCAUACAGAGGGAUGGCCACAUGGAUUCUGUAUUAGACACGGUGUACCGGUUGCUGAGAGGGUAGCUGGAUAUGUGAGGGGCAUGGUGGCACAGGAUAUGUCGAGGAAAUAG